AUUCCUAUGAGGUUUGAAAUGUUAUUAAAUAUAUUAACACAGAGCCUUCAGCUUCAGAUGAUAACAGCUUUCAAAAUUAACGUAAAUGUGGCAUCCUAUUUUGAAAGAAGUUCUCGUCAGCAUCUUAUGAUGAUGUGUGUUCUCCCUGUUGACAAAAGAAAUAAAAGUGACAUUAUUAAGACAACCCAAAAUAGACCAUUUCAGGUGCUAAACUAUAAAAUGCAACAUUUUCAAAAAAGAAUUUGUUCUUUCUCUUUCAUAGAUAUUGGCGGCCUGAGACAUCUAUCUGACAAUCCAAAGGAAAAAGAAAUGUCUGAGGCCCAGCAUGAUGCAGAUAUUAAAGAGGAGCAUGCAUACCGCUGCCACAAACCAGAUUAUAAUAUGGAUGUUGAUGAGGCCGACGUGAAGCAGAUAAUAAAAAUUGAGAGUGAUGCAGCUGCCUCACCCCAGCAGGUACACAGAGCGAAGCAAUGUGAUCAGCACUUGUCGAAAAAGAUGAACACAAGAAAAGUCAUGGCGAUUGCAAAAGCUUAUGCCGCUUUAGAUCGUGAAAAUUAUGUUCGACACCCACUGUCACUGAGUCACUUUAAUGGACCAACUGUAUUAUUAUCAUGCCCUCAAUGCUUGAUCCCUACUGUGUGUAAACGCUCAGCACUUCUAGAACUAUUGCUACACAUAUCGAAAUGCCACAGAAAAGUGUCUGCUGAGGUCGAAGCUUCCGUAAUUUCCAAGUACUACUAUUUUAUCCAGUACAUGGAAAAGGUGACACAGAGAUGCAGUUCUCAGGAAUAUGUUCUAAAGUUAAGGGGUCAUCGUUCAAUGCAGUAACCCAACAAUGAUACAGGGUUAGCUGUACUGAAGAAUCUCAUCUUGUAAUUGUAUUUCUGGUGUGAAUUUUUUGCUGAUUAAAACUAAGACCAUGAAUUA